GUGCUGGAGAGUUCGCCGCGCCGCGGGGCUCGUCGCUGCUGGCCGCUCUUCCCUGUCGCCUAGAGGUACCCGGAGCCGGCCCGACCCCGGGCACCCGAGGGCGGAGUGGCGUCCCAGGUCCUCCCCACCCGGUGUGAAAAUUAAAACAGUGCAAAUAUUUUGACUGGGGCUUUGACCAAGCAAAUGCUGCAAAGUUGCAUAAAGAAGAUCCCUGGCAGUCAUUUCUCAACAAUUUUAUAGUCAACUGAUGUAACAAUGGUACUAAUAUUGGGACGCAGACUAAACAGAGAGGAUCUUGGGGUACGUGAUUCCCCAGCAACUAAGCGUAAAGUCUUUGAAAUGGACCCCAAAUCUCUGACAGGUCAUGAGUUUUUUGACUUCUCUUCAGGAUCAUCCCAUGCUGAAAACAUACUCCAGAUAUUUAAUGAAUUCCGAGACAGUCGCUUAUUCACAGAUGUUAUCAUCUGUGUGGAAGGAAAAGAAUUUCCUUGCCACAGAGCUGUCCUCUCAGCCUGUAGUAGCUACUUCAGAGCUAUGUUCUGUAAUGACCACAGGGAAAGCCGAGAAAUGCUGGUUGAAAUCAAUGGUAUUUUGGCUGAAGCUAUGGAAUGUUUUUUGCAGUAUGUGUAUACUGGCAAGGUGAAGAUCACAACAGAGAAUGUCCAGUAUCUCUUUGAAACCUCAAGCCUCUUUCAGAUUAGUGUUCUCCGUGAUGCAUGUGCCAAGUUCUUGGAGGAGCAACUUGACCCUUGUAAUUGCUUAGGGAUCCAGCGCUUCGCUGACACACACUCGCUCAAAACACUCUUCACAAAAUGCAAGACCUUUGCACUGCAGACUUUUGAGGAUGUGUCCCAGCACGAAGAGUUUCUGGAGCUUGACAAAGAUGAACUUAUUGAUUAUAUUUGUAGUGACGAACUUGUUAUUGGUAAAGAGGAGAUGGUUUUUGAAGCUGUCAUGCGUUGGGUCUAUCGAGCUGUUGAUCUGAGAAGACCACUGUUACAUGAGCUCCUGACACACGUGAGACUCCCGCUGUUGCAUCCCAACUACUUUGUUCAAACAGUUGAGGUGGACCAAUUGAUCCAGAAUUCUCCCGAGUGUUACCAGUUGUUGCAUGAAGCAAGACGGUACCACAUACUUGGGAAUGAAAUGAUGUCCCCAAGGACUAGACCACGCAGGUCUACUGGCUAUUCAGAGGUGAUAGUUGUGGUUGGAGGCUGUGAGCGAGUUGGUGCAUUUAAUCUUCCAUACACUGAGUGCUAUGAUCCAGUAACAGGAGAAUGGAAGUCCUUGGCUAAGCUUCCUGAAUUUACCAAGUCAGAAUAUGCAGUCUGUGCACUAAGGAAUGAUAUUCUGGUCUCAGGUGGAAGAAUCAAUAGCCGUGAUGUCUGGAUUUAUAACUCACAGUUAAAUAUUUGGAUCAGAGUUGCCUCGCUAAAUAAAGGCAGAUGGCGUCACAAAAUGGCUGUCCUUCUUGGCAAAGUAUAUGUUGUUGGAGGCUAUGAUGGGCAAAACAGACUUAGCAGCGUAGAGUGUUAUGAUUCCUUCUCAAAUCGAUGGACAGAAGUUGCCCCCCUUAAGGAAGCAGUAAGCUCUCCUGCAGUGACAAGCUGUGUAGGAAAAUUAUUUGUGAUUGGUGGUGGACCUGAUGAUAAUACUUGUUCUGACAAGGUUCAAUCUUAUGAUCCAGAAACCAAUUCUUGGCUACUUCGUGCUGCUAUCCCAAUUGCCAAGAGGUGUAUAACAGCUGUAUCCUUAAACAACCUGAUCUAUGUUGCUGGUGGACUGACCAAGGCAAUAUACUGCUAUGAUCCAGUUGAAGACUACUGGAUGCACGUGCAAAAUACAUUCAGCCGACAGGAAAACUGUGGUAUGUCUGUGUGUAAUGGUAAAAUCUAUAUCCUGGGUGGAAGACGGGAAAAUGGAGAAGCCACAGACACUAUUUUGUGUUAUGAUCCUGCGACAAGUAUCAUCACAGGGGUAGCUGCAAUGCCCAGGCCAGUGUCCUAUCAUGGCUGUGUGACUAUUCACAGAUACAACGAGAAAUGCUUUAAACUCUAAAACCAGGAUACCUCACCCAAGAAGCCACGCCAAUUCAAGAGGAGAGAUUUUAAAAUCUCAAGUGGAAACUUAAUCUCUUUUGUGCCAUAUGAUGCAAAAUUAGAUUUUAAAGACAAUAAUCCUGGUGCCUUUCUCCCCAAAAUACCAAUAUUUCAGACUGUAAUAAAGCCUUUCCUGUAAUUAGAAAAAACUGUACUUCUUGUUGCAUUAAAAAAUUUUUAGUGUGGCCAGGUAUGGUGGCUCACACUUGUGGGAGGCUGAAUCAAGAGGAUCGAUCACCUUGAGUUCAAGGCCAGUCUGGUCUAAAAGAAAGAAACAAACAAAAAAAAAGAAACAAAACAAAACUGAAAGAAAGCUACGUGGAAUACAAAAUAAUUCUUAUCUGCAAACAUUUUAGGAAAUUUGUAAAUGGUCUUUUAUGAAUAUUUGUUUCUUUAUUGUUAUUUAUGUACUGAAAAUGGCAUGACUGAGGUUUGAUUGCAUCAAAGAAUGCUUAAAAUAUAUCCUGAGGAGAAGGAAUCAAUUUUAAAUAUCUUGGUCACUUUAUAUGUCCAAACUGUCUAAUUUUACUGAAGGGUAUUUUUUUCUCUAAUUGAUAAAAAUGUAAUAACAACUCGAGUAUUGUAAAAUACCAUGUUUGGCUUCGUUACAGUACUCUAAUUUCAUUUUUAUGUGGAGAUUAGAUAUAAAAUACAAAAGUAGGGAGAUUAAAAUUACUAGUUAAUUCCUAAGAAUAAAAAAUAACAGUUGAAGAAAAAAAAAAGUGACCCUAGUGACUGUCAGGGUUUUAUUGAUGCAUCAUCUCCAAGUCCUCUAAGAAAACUCUUUCCUUAAAGACAUGUGGCAAAAAGCGAGGCAUGAUGGUGUAUACUUGUAAGGGAAAUAGAGGCAAGUGCAUCAGGACUUCAGGGCCUGUCUUGGCUACAUAGUGGUUUCGAUGCUAGCCUGGGCUGCUUGUGGCUCUGUCUCAAAGAAAAAAAUUCACUUUACAAUAUAGUUUUAUGAAAAACAAGGAGAGCCUUGUUCCCUACCAAGCCCCACUAGGGUUUUACCUCAUGAAUUUGGUGCUUUGUUGAGGACCUCUUCCCUGGUUAUCCUUCUGUCUUGUAAAGAGCUAAAAAUCCUAGACUCUGUGUUAAGGUAGAUGCCUUUUAUAGACUAAAACAGGGACCACUUAUUCCAGUGGGUCCAUUUUUUCUUUUAAAAUUGAGCUGUCUGAGAAAAAUUUAAUAGCAUUAGUUCUAGUCUUCUAAGGUAAAUCCAUUUUGACAGCCACUGUCUAAAAUGUUGAUCAACACUUUCAAGCUUCUUGAAGUCAAACUGCUUUUAUUUAGAUUUUGCAACUCCAUGUUAUAAAACUCAACUUUUCAGAAAAGAAUGUCAACUUUUUUUCUCUUGGCAUGUAAGUGGUCAUGGCAGGACCUACAGCAUAAAUAAUUAUGAUGGUUUCUGAGUGGACCGAUAAAUUCUACAUUAUAGGGCUGUACCAGGUAGGCUACUAUAUUUUGACUUUCCAGUCAGUUUUCUGUCUCACGUGAUAAUUAUAUACUCCUUGUCAAUAAUUGUCUUGUCACUAGAUUUUUGUUAGAACCAAAGUAGUAAUCAAAACCCCAACAUUGGCAAACGUUUUCCUCAUUCCUCACCUUAGAAUAAUACACACAUUUCAUGGAGAAACUUUAAUGCUUAGUUAGAAUCUAAAAUCUGAGGAACACUAAAAAAUACAUUUUUAGGGAAUUUUUUAUUUCUCACAUCAUUUUGUGUGCGUGUGUGUGUGUUUUGAGGUAGGGUUUCACUCUAUCCCAGGCUGACUUGGAAUCACUCUGCAGCCCAGGCAGGCCUCGAACUCAUGGGGAUGCCCCUACCUCAUCCUCCCUAGUGUUGGGAUUAAAGGUGUGAGUCACCAAAUCCACCUUCAAGUUACAAGUUUUCAAUGAUACAUAACUGUGAUUACCAUAAAAGCGAUUCAUAAAAGUGUUUUUUUAGUUGAAAGAGAGUUUUAUGUAUAAGUGAGAUACUUUAACAUUAUAGGUAAUAUCUUUUGCAUUAUGCUUUUAUAAAUAAUGUGCCUAGUUAAAAAUCAUUAACAGUUAAUGAGAUAAUAUGUUUUGAAGUGCUUCUAGGAUUCUUCAAAUGGUAGUUAUUUUCUUGUGUAUUUGUAAGAUCAUAUCUAUCCAAAACUAGAGACUUCACAUAAAAAAAUCUUCUGAAGAUAACUUUGUAUUUGAGUAUUUUUGUCUAAUGCAAAAGUAUUAACUACUUACAUGUUGUGAUGUUUAUUUUUCAUAUCCAUGUUUGUUAUAGUAAAUUGGAAGGGAAACCCUGCAAAGCAGAAUUUGUUUAAACACAAGCCUCAUAAUAAUCUUUACAUAAUUAAAACUACAUAAAUAUUUGCAAAUUAUGACCAUCAUAUUGAAGGCCACUAAGAAUUUAAUGAAUCCUUAAAUCCUAUAAUUUUUAAAAGCUAAUUUAAUCUUUCCUUACUAAUUCUUGAUAAAUGAUGGCUUUAACCUUGAUUUAAAAAAAUUAAGGUGUAAUUAGCAUAUUGAAAGGGAUAUAUCAACCACAUUGGUGUUAGGUUUUAUUCUGUCAUUUCAUAAUGGCAGAUUUUCUUUUGAUGUAAGUGCUGUGACCCUCUGGGUCAGUGUUUUUGUGUACAUGUGUAGAUGUGUAAGUAGUAUGGUUUUGUACACACAUAAACACCAUGAAGUUUUACAGUUUGUGAUCAGAAUAGAUAAAAUAAAAAUUAGUUAAUCAUAUUAUAGAAGAUUUAUUUUUACUUGGAAAUUUCCAGAAUAGUCUUGCUUGUUUGUUUCUGUUUUUGAUAUAGGGUCUCACUCUGUAGUCCAGGUUGACCUGGAAGCCACAAGUUGUGGCUUUGAGCUCUGCAACUUUGCUUCAGCCUCCUUGCAGCUAGGAUUAUUGGCAUAAGCCACCACACCUGGCAUUCUAGAGUAUUCUUGACAUUUGAUGAAAGUACAAGAAGAGUAUUAGUAAUGAUAGCUAUCAAAAUGUAUUUAACAGAAAAGCCGGGCGUGGUGGCGCAUGCCUUUAAUCCCAGCACUCGGGAGGCAGAAGUAGGAGGAUCACCGAGAGUUCGAGGCCACCCUGAGACUCCAUGGCGAAUUCCAGGUCAGCCUGAGCCAGAGUGAGACCCUACCUCGAAAAACCAAAAAAAAAAAACAAAAACAAAAACAAAAUGUAUUUAACAAAAAGUAAGUUGAUGGUAGAGGUAAGUUUGCUAAACCUAGCUGGGUUACCUCAGUUGGAAAGGGAACUCAAAGUUAAGCUUCUUGGAUCAAAGAAAAUUACAGUUGUUUUUUGUGUGAAUUUUUUCAUGAACCUGAAAUCCUUUUCCAAGCCUUCACCUGUAUUAGUGACAAAGUGAUCUUCUUCCUUUUCUACUAGAAUAUUCCCUCUGACUUUACUGCACAGGUAUGAGAUUGGAUCUUCAGUAACCAUUUUCCCAGAUGACUGAGAUACAAGUAUUUACUCCAUUAAAAGUAGGUUUAAUAGAUGAUGUAAAUACUCAGGGAGAGUAUUGUCACCUUUGCCUGUUUGGGAUGUUUAAAAUAUUAUAACUUUCAGCUGAUGGUUCUAGAGUAAAUUUGCUAAAAGAGUUUCUUAUGUGGCAGUGGUUGAACAUUCUCUUAUAAAGAUGAAAAUGAUUUGUGAACUGAUUUUCUUUAGUGAAUGUUAAAUGUUUUGUAUCUCUACUGUCAAAUAUCCUUUUUGAAACUCAGGAAAGACAAAUGGUUCAAUUUUACCACUUUUGUCAUUGUGCGCACCAGUUGUAUUUCUUUUUCCUGUUAAUUACUGUGAGGAUCUAUACAUAAAAACAGAGGAGUUGA